CACUGUUAUGUUCCGGGGUUCUCUGGUUCUCUUGGUGGGGUUUUUCCUGUGCGCCUUUUCCACCUCUUACCACCAGAUGGCGACAGGUUCCGGUUGGAGUGCGGUGGUGUCAUCAGCCACAGCUGUCAUCUAUUACCCUCAUCAGCGGAGCAUACUUAAGGAGUUGACCGCCAGUCCAGCGUCGCCUGAGUGUUUGCCAGUCACGGUGAUCCCUUUGACACUCUGGACCCGUGGACCAGAUCCUGGCAGUUUCCUUGGUUUCAGAACCUCCCUCGUGACGCCGUGGAAGAUACCCACUGGUUGCCCGAGUUCCCAGACUCACCUCUCCGUUGUUUUGCAAGUAUCUCCUGGACCCCACGGCUGGCGGUCGAACCACUCCUCUGUGUCUCCGUUGCACCCGAGCCUAUGUCCGUUCUCCGCCGCACUCCUCCGUUUGUUCCUGGACCCACUAAGAGACCGAGACCCUGGACAUACUCAGUUACCCUCCAAGAUUCAGAUCCAGCCACCACCAAUGAACCACUGCUGCCCGUUACAGUUGAUUCCCUGGACCAGACCACCUUCCCACACUCUGAUAAUUGUGUACCUAAAUAAAUCAUUUAAACUGAUUCUUACUCUCCUGUCUUGUGUUCUGCAUGUGGGCUAGAAACCUUUAA